UAUUAAAUCGAAAUAAUGACACAGCAAUUGGAAAUGAAGAAAAUGACACAUUGUGGUUCAGGGCUUCUGUAAUUUGAAAGAGAAAUGAGAUGACAUCACUGAAAAAAGCACCAACCAAACAUCACCAAAAUCACAGACAGACCAAACACUCCCUCACAUAUAUUUACAUGGUCUAUACUUCAGGAAAGAUGAAACACAUCUCAGGGGUUAUUUAGAUUUGCUGAUGGAACUUGAGAAUCUUCUGGAAUGAGUUCUGUCAUUGUGACGCAACAGAAGAAGCCGCUGUAAAAAGGUGAAGAACAGAAAGGCGGAGUUUCAGUGUUUAUUUGAACUUUCCAACUGACAGGCUGUUUAACCGAGUUCAGUGCUACAAUGCAGCAUUUAAUGAGUUUAGCUCGCUCUCGGGCGGCAGGUCUUCCACUGCGCCCCCUGCUGUAUGCGGUUGGAGCUGCAGCCACGGCCGCAGGAGUUUAUUAUUAUUUUAAGAAGCGUGGCGAUGGCGAUGGGGAGAGAACAGCGGACACAACUCUCACCGAGGGCCCAGUACAGACCCAGCUCCCUGCAGUAGAUGAUUCUUUGCUGGAUCCAGGCUUGAUGUCUGAGGUGGAUGGAGUCAGUGUCACACAGACUGACAGCACUGUCCCUCAGGAGUCUCUGAGCGAGGCUGAGGAGAAGAAGCAGAAGGUGGAAGUGUCCAGUGCUCUGGUGGACAGCGAGAGGUCCAACCUGGAGGACAGAGUGAGGGAGCUGGAGGAACUGCUCUGUGAGGAACACAGAGAGUGUGAGAGAAAAACCAAGGACUAUGAGGCGGAGUGUCAGGCUCACGGAGCCCUGAACUCUCAGUACAGCGAGAUUAAGGAAACUUUAACACACAUUGAGGGGUUAGUAAAGGUGACUCUGACUGAAGCUGAGGAGAAAUACAAGCGGGCGAUGGAGUCUGAAGCUGAGCUGGAGAAUGAGAAGUUGGACUUGAUGUCCCAGGUCAACACACUGCGUGGCUCAGUGAAGCAGUUGGAGGAACAGUUCUCUGAGACACGCAGGAGGAAUGAUGAGAUAACGAGGGAGCUUGGCAUAGGGCAGGGCAUUCUCACAUUUGAGAAGUCCAAGGCUGAAGAGCAGGUGAAAGAUUUAAAGCAGAAAAUCAGUUCACUGAAGGUCUCUCUGGAUGAAGCUGAGGUGAGAUACGCGGAGUCAUUGGAGUCCAUUACUGAACUGGAGAAUGAGAACUAUGACCUGGUGGAUGACAUGAACACACUGCAAGAAGCAGUGGAUGAUUUGGAGGAGCAGCUCUCUCAGACCCAGACAAGGUGUAAUGAGGCAACGACGGAGACGGAAAGAAAAACUCAGGAGUUGAGGGAUCUACGUUCCAAGUGGGAAUUGUUGAAUGAAACUGUACUAAAGGAUUAUGAGACAGAGCGUGUAGCUCACUUCGCCCUGAAGUUGCAGUACAAUGAGCUGAUGGAACGGCACAACCAGCUACUAAACGACACUUUGGCUGAAGCUGUGGCAAAAUGCGAGCAGGCGAUUUUUUUGCCAGCUGAGUCAAACGCUCAGCUGGAGAGUGAGAAGUCAGACUGGAAGUACCAUGUGCACAAAAUGGAAGGUGCAGUGCAGAAGCUGGAGAAACUUCUGGAUGAAGUAGAGAUAUCGUGUGAUGUGAUAAAGCAAGAUCGCGAGCGAGAACGGGAGGCUUACAACAUCCUGAAGUCACAGUACGAAGAAGCAUUAAACAGUGUGAUGAAUUUCUAAUGGUAAGCUUCUCCUCUUAUUAAGCUAUAAAUGCUAUAAUACUGCAAUUUAAAGUUUGGAGGAAGAGCUCUCUGAGACCCGCAGAAAGUGUGAAGAGAUAACAAUGGUUAGUGUAAAAAUCCUUAAUUUAGAAAUAUAGAAACAGAAAUGUGAGGACUUGUGAGGUUUGUGCUGCAUGAUGGGUUACGCCACAGGCUAUAUGUACAGUACAUGAACAAAUGUAUUUUUAGUUUUAUUUCUGGAUUUCUUUUUUUAUUGACUGAAAAGAGGCUGAUUGUAGUUGUUAAAAUUAAGAUGAUUGUAGAUGUUAAAAUUAAGAUGACCGAACCUGUAAUGCAGUGUGAUGAGUUACCAAAUGUAAGUUUUUCCUCUCACUAAGUCAUGACUGCUAUAGUACAUUGUGUUUAAGUUGUGUCAAAAGUUUACAGUAACUCUGGUCAUUUCACACAUAGAUAUUUAAACUCAAAUAUUACUACAUUGAUACAUUUUACUACAUUAAAUCUGUAUUUUAUUUUCACAGAAAUCCGAGGAGCCUGUAGAUUUAUGAACCCCAGAUAACUGCCAGGGGUGGCCUAUGGGCCUUUGGGCCACUGGAGCAUUGACUCAGAUCUAGCAGGAACACUUGACCCAUCUGUUACUCUGUUGGCUAUGCAAUUCUGAAGCCUAGCUCUCCUUUCUAGGACCGCUAGCCCCUGACAUAUUAGCCAAGCAUCUCACCAUGGAGCUCCUGUUUUGGCUGCUUCAAAUUUUGCCUGUGGUGUCUGUGAGCUGCUAGAUGCUGAUGAUGUUUUGGCCUAUUAGCAGUGUUGGUUCAAGUUUUGUGAAGGAAAAUGGAGUGGCGCACCACUCCAAACUGUUAGCACUGGUAUAGCCGAAUGGGUGGAUCAAUGGAUGUUAUUGGGCAGGAGGGGAAGGGAGUGAAGCACAGACUCCGGCCUUGUAGUCAAGAUUCAGAGCAUGAGAUGGAGCAAGCCACUGGAAAAAUAGAAAACAACAACUUAGCUAUCUCAGACACAGUGAAAUGAAGCUAACAAGCUAUGUUAGAAGUAGCUAUUCUAGGUAGCAGUUCUCAGGGAAAGCUCAAACAGAAAAGUUAUGAAUAUCCACAGUGUUCUCAGCACGUAGCGAUGUUUACAUUUACAUUAAGUAAAUACUACAUCAUUUAUGUCAUAUCACUUUGUGAUUAAGGUCUCGGCGUAUGCACACAUGAGAAUAUCCAGGUGUUAAUUACUGCUCCUGGUGGUUAAGAGGGGUGAAACUGAACGACCAUGAUGAAGGGUGGACAUAAUAAACAAAAAUGUAAAUAAAAACUGUACUCAAUCAAAUCAAUAAUCAUCAGCCAUCUUUGAAUUUAUCAUAUUUAUUAUAUUCAUUUUAAUCAUCUUGAUUUUUAGUUUACAGACAAUUUAUAAUUAAAUCUGUUUUAAUCCAAUUAUUCAUACUGUUUAAAUAAACGUAUUGAAAUGAAUACCUCACUAAUUAGCACAAAAGUAAAAGGGAAGUUCAGACUGGCAGUGAAAGAAAAAUGGCAGCAGAUAAGGGACACCUUUAUGGAUUCUAAACACAUGUAGGGACUGGGAGUGUAUGUUAUCGUGAUAAGUGAUAACUAGUUUAAGUGAAUAAAUGUAUCCACAGUUCAAAUUCUGGCUUGCCACUGUCAAUUUGCUGUGUAAACCUGGGUGGACAAGGGGUUUGUGGUCAAAUUCGGUUCAGUUCACAACACAUAGCACUGUCAUCACAAAUGCCAGUUGUUUAUUGUAUCGUACACACAAAUGUGUUGCCACUGCCACUGAUAAAAACCACCCAUUUCAGGAACUGUGCUGAUCUAUAGGCUUCAUAGAUCAUGGUGCAAUCUUUUAUCCUGUUCAUUCUUACUGUACCAGUGUAGUAGAUUCCUCUUUCUUUCACGUGUUCUGCUAGUGGUACUGAUGUAAAAUAGUUAUCUGCAAAAACCCUGUGAUUUUUUUUCCUGCUCAAAGAGUUGCUGUCAUUUUUAGGACAAUAUCUACACUAACACCAACAUCACAUUUAUAUUUGUUUGGAUUUUCUGCCCUUUGACAAAUGUCAAAAUCAUAAAGGAAACCAUAUUGCCCAGCACAUCCCCAUAUUCUGAACCCCCAUUUACUGUAAGUAAUGUUGUAUGUGUUGAAGUUAAUACUAUUUUCCUUAAAAUAACACAUCUCACUGCUUUUGUACAAUACACAAAGGUUAGUGACACUUCAUUUAACCUACAUUCUUUAAAUUAAUCUUUAAAGAGUUCCUGUUCACUACAAAGUGACCUAACGUUUAACUACCCGCUGUGUGUAAAUACUAAAAUUCGCCGUGUUUGCUAGUAAGCGAGCUAACGUUAUGCUAACCGCUGUGUCUAAAUGCUGAAAUCAGGGUUUGUACAAGGUGCUUGUGUAACUGGUUCACAAAACCAAGUAUAUGUAUUUAUUUAUUUUAUUCUGCUGCUGCGUGUCUCUGUUAUGAACUUCCCAAAACCUUGGUGUUUAACUUAAAAAUACAUUCAAACAUUCCGUAUGGGUUAUACAACACUAUUUUUGAUGGGAACUACAAUGCAAGGUGUUCAGUUCAGGUGGGAC